UCAGUUUCGAAAGCCGCGGUGCCUAUCUAAAAGAUGGCAAACUCAGAGCCGAUGACGGCACAACUUACGCCGUCAAUGGUGAGAUUCACCUCCUUGAUUUUUCUCUAUUUUUCCAUUAUGUUUUUACUUGAUAACAUUGCUGCUGUGGCAUAAAAUUAUACUGAGUAUUCUCAUCUAGACCACGUCUACCUGAUCUGUGAACCGCCGGGGGAACCGUACUAUCUGGCACGGAUCAUGGAAUUUCUCCCCUCCAAAGAUGCGCCCUCCGGCCCGAUCGAGGCACUGCGGGUGAACUGGUAUUAUCGCCCACGUGACAUCCAGCGCAAGGUCGCCGACACGCGUUUGGUCUUUGCCUCCAUGCACUCCGACACAUGUCCUCUCACAUCCCUACGCGGAAAAUGCCAGAUCCAGCACCUGUCGGAGAUCACCGACAUCGACACGUACCGCAAGACCCGGGAUUGUUUCUGGUACGACAAGAUGUUUGACCGAUACAUCCACCGCUACUACGACGUAAUCCCAACCAGCAAGGUCAUCAACGUCCCGGGCAACGUCAAAAAGGUUUUGGACGAGCGCUGGAAGUUCGUUCUGGUCGAGAUCGGACGACGGAAGGAGCUCACCAGCGCCGUGAAGACCUGCAAGCGCUGUAGCUUGUACGCCGCAAGCAAUGACUCGGUGGAUUGUGCCGUCUGUCACAGCACUUAUCAUAUGUACUGUGUUCGACCGGUACUGACGAAGAAGCCGGCCCGUGGCUUUGCUUGGGCUUGCGCAGCGUGCAGUCGCGCUCAAGAACGAAAGCUCGAGGCACGGAAUACCCCGAUAUUGGGCGAGAAUCAGCCGGAAGCUGAUGAGGAGAUGGUCGAAGAGGAGGAGGAAGAACCCCAUGGCGCGACGAAUGGUACCACAAGCAGCACUCCGGCACCCGUGGAAGAAGAGGUGCGUCCGGCUACAGAAGAACAGGUUGCGCAAGCCAGAAUGUGGCCCUAUCGCUAUUUGGGAAUUCACUGCCGUGUCGAAGACGCCCUCGAUUAUGACGACCGGAUUUACCCGCGCGCCAGCUCGCGGUUGGGUCCUCGGCAUCAGGCCAUGGUGAAUGCCUGGCCUGGAAAGCCGGUGGAGUAUGUCAAGCCUAUCGACAUCAAGAAAAAGUAUAUGCGAGGAUCCGGAGGCCGCAAAGAUUCGAAGCUUUCCAAGGAAACUGUGGCCGCCAUCGAAGCCGCCAAACAGGAAAAGGCCAAUCGACCGAAGUGGGUCAUGGACGAGCCCCUAGGAUACGUGCGGCGCGGCGAAGACGAACCAGUCACUGUGGGCGGGAAGCAAGUCCGCACUGCAGAGCCAAUGUUCAAGAUGCCCACUGCAGACCAGGUUCCAUCCUCUCGGGGCGAAGACGACGCGCCUGGUUCCCAUCUCAGCCCCGCCGAGCGGGAAAAGUUCGUGGACGAUUACAUGGAACGCGCCAAGGCGUUGGCUCCCCAACUUGGGGAAGAGAAAUACGCUACUAAUUUCCUCGACAAGGCUCUCGAACUCCUUUACUCUAAUAGCUUCAAUGCCGACGCGGCUUUGGCAAAGUUGAAGACGAUGAACAAGUACAAGGAUCUCAAAGAGCCGCAUCUACGCCCAGAAGAACUGAAACUCUUCGAACAGGCAGUUUCCAAGUUUGGGUCGGAGUGGCGGAAUAUUACCAAGUACGUGGGUACUGUGCCUCACUACCAGAUUGUGAGGUUCUACUACAUGUGGAAGAAAACGCCGCGUGGUCGUCAAAUCUGGGGCGCUUAUGAAGGCAGACGGGGCAAGAAGGAAGCGAAGCGAAGCAGUGCGGCGAAGCUAGUGGACGAUGUGGCCGACGAUCAUGAUGACUCGGCAUUUGAUAACGACAAAGCCGUCGAAAAGAAGCGUGGGUUCCAGUGCAAGUUCUGCUCGACGCGAACCUCCCGUCAGUGGCGGCGCGCUCCAGGUACUGCGCCAGGCACUACUACCUCGAGCGAGCCUGCGUCGAAGCAAAAAGAUAAGGGAUCACAACUGACUGUGGCCCUCUGCUUGCGCUGUGCAUUGCUAUGGAGGAAGUACGGUAUCCAGUGGGAAAGUGUUGAUGAAGUAGCCAAAAAGAUCGCGCAAAGUGGUAACAAGUCCUGGCGUCGCCGAGUAGAUGAGGAGCUUCUGACUCAGCUCCUCGUCUCCACCGAGACCCCCAUCAGUAUCAACAGCGCGACUGCAGCGACUGCGGCUUCAAUCGGCGUCCCGGUGAACGCUAACCCACAAGUGCAGCAGGAGACUACAAAGAAGAAGGGAGGGCGGACCACCGAGAAAGACAGCGCCGCGACAUCGACAGCCACUUCCGUGGAGCCAGCUCCAAAGAAGAAAGUCGCUGCGGACCGCAUCCCUGAACCUCCACCAAUCGUUCCCGAUCCCCCUAGGGCCAAAACGCUCCCAUGCUCCAUCUGCAACAAGAUGGAGCCGGAAGGCGACCAGCAUCUGUCUUGCCGAGACUGCCGCCUGACCGUGCACAGAAGCUGCUACGGCGUCAGCCCGUCGCGAAACUGCGUCAAGUGGCUUUGCGAUAUGUGCUCGAACGAUCGCGACCCCAUGAUCUCGACCACGUAUGAAUGUGUCCUGUGUCCAGUGACCUGGACGGAGCAUGAAUUGAUGGAGGCGCCGAGGUCGACACACAAGAAGAAGACUGAACGAGACCGGGAGAAGGAGCGGCUGGAAAAGGAGAUGGUCAAUGAGGCUAUCAAACUCUACCGACAAAGGCAAGAGGCUGUGGGCAAACCCAUCGGUCCUCGAGAGCCAUUGAAGCGAACGGCCGGCAACAACUGGGUUCAUGUCACGUGUGCCAUGUGGACGCCAGAGAUCAAAUUCGGCAACGCAAAGGAGCUCGAGCCUGCUGAGGGUUUCAGUCUGAUCCCAAGGGAUAGGUGGCGCGAUGUGUGCAAGAUCUGCAAGAGCGAUAAAGGCGCAUGUGUGCCGUGCCAUUUCAACAACUGCAACGCCCGUUUCCACGUCGGUUGUGCAUUCCAAGCGCAGUACAAGUUUGGGUUUGACAUUACCCCUAUCAAAAGCUCUAGAAGGGAUACCGUGAACAGUGUACGGCUAGGAGAAGAGGUUGGAUCGGCCUCGGCGGGGAUCUGGUGCCCUCAUCAUCCAGUGUCGGCGACGAUCCAUGAGAUCGGCGAGCCUACAGAAGAAGAGGGUGUCAACGCUUUGCGGCGGUAUGCCGAGGCAUACAAACAAGCCGACCUGACCUUGACGGGAACUAUUAGAAAGGCGGCAUAUGUGCAACAAUUGGUCAAUGUCUCACAUCAGACUGCGACACCUUCCGCGAACCGCCGAGUCUCCUCUGUUCACAGUGUCACGGCACCCCCGGUGGUUUCAGCGGCUCCAGCAGCUCCAGCAGCUUCGACAACGCCAAAGGACAAUCACAAAACACCAGAGGAUGCUCCGGAUGAGAUGGUGAUCGAUUCUGAAAACCAUGCCCCCCGGCCUGUCACUGAUACUGAUGUGACGAGAAAGUGUGCGCGCUGCUCGAGUUCCUUCAGCCCCAGAUGGUGGCCUCUGGAGAAGUCGCGACGCACGACCGGAGUCGAUCACCGGACGCCUCUGCUUAACGGGGUCGGUCUGAAUGAUCCUGUGGGGUCUCGGUUCAGCACAGCCUCUGCAAGCCCUCCAUAUCUCCAUCAGACUCCAUCCCAGCAUGGUCUGCCGCGCCUGAACGGGGAGUACAGUCCAGAGAAGACUACUUUGUCGACGGUCAACAGCGAAGGAUCGCAGACUUUGUACGAGUGCCACAAGUGCCAUCUUAAGAAGCCAGUGGCCCAGGCCCAGCCAUCGCCCGAGCCUCGUCCAUCUCCCUACUCGGCACAACGCCCGGUCCUGCCUGCGCCCAAGCUCACCGAGUACCACAACCACCCGUUUGGCAAUCACCAUGGCCAUCCGCCGCAAUCUGGAGUGCUUCCUAGACCGAUGGGGCUCCCUCACGGCGGCUCCGAAUGGCACCCCGGCUAUGAACAGCGUCCGGCGGAUUUUGGUGACAGCAAGCUGCGCAACGGAUUACCUGUCCCUGGCUAUCGGGCAGCAGCACCACCGCCGCCACCACCGUCCGCACACCAUAUGAACGGAUUUCCGCCCACCCCCUCUCAUCAUGCUCCACCGCUACCCCAUUACCCUCCGGGAUCCCACGCUCCACCCCAGCCGUUCCCGACGCACCAGAGCCCGUAUGGACCUGUGUCGAUGCCCUCGCCUCAUCUUUCCCAUGCGACAGGCGCACGCCCGUAUGCUCCGUCUGCAUCGCCUCCGGAUGUACAGGCGACAAUGGUCCGGCACUCGCCUCAACAUUCGCUAAGCGCAUUGAAUGGUGGGCCCCCGCCACGUGUCUACUCUGUGGAUCGCGUGCUUGGAGCGCCAGCACAGUCGCCGCCCGUCUCGCAGGCGCAUAUGGAUCCACGAGGACCGACGCCUCCGGUUAAGCCAGAGGACACACCGGUUAUACCUAGCGCCGCCAGGCAUACCACGGCCAGCGGGACGAAUGGCGGGUCGGGGGCUAGUGCGAGUCCGUCUUUGAAGAAUUUGCUUUCCUAGGACGCGAAUAUUCCUUACCUGCCACUGGCAUAGAAUACUCACUCCGUGUAUUAUAGCGCUUUCUUUUUCUCCUUUUUCUGUUCCCAUUUCUUUAACCUUUUUGCAUCAUUCUCUUAUUGUUUCUUGAUUUGCGGUCUGUUUCUGUCAUGGCAUGGUUAAAAAUGGGGAUUGGGAUAUUAUGAGCUUUCU